AUGCCCGAUAUCAACGUUCUCCCCUGUGGUCAACUGGGUUCCAUGCAAGUACCGAUGGGCGGUGGCUGGAUCUACCUCGAUGGCGUCUGGAUUCGAAUGGUCCACACGAUCAAGGACGCGGACGAAGAGAACGGGCUCGAUGAACAGCGAACAAUCGAGUUCAUAGGCUACACGCUGGAGACGUAUAUACCGUAUUUCAAGGAGACUUCGGAUGACUGGAAGUCAACUGUAUGCACCACUCUGGAGACAGACCCGUGGUUCGUGUGCCACAAAGGAGAUUGCUGGGAAUUGGAUGUGGAUAGAAUGAUCAAAGAUGUCGCAUCUCAACGACUUGGGAGAGACGACGCAGGGCUUCGAGAUGACGAAGCCCAACAACAGAACUUGAGACAGCCCGACCUUCCGAUAGCCAACGCUACCAUCGAGCCGCCGCUGGUGUCAAACUCUGGCGGAGGGCCUUCGCCUACCUUGAAAGCUCAUCGCGUAGGAGGGGGUCGACACGGGCCAGCAAGACGCUCGAAGGAGACUCGGCCAUCGCCUUAUCCAGUACCCGCGAUCGGCUCUAAUUGGGCAUCUCGAGGUAUCUCUCAUGGUUUAGGGCAAGACGUUCGAAUUUCGGACGAUGCGACCCAGCUCAUUUGGGCCCCUUUGGACGGAAUGAUUCCGGGUGCCGCAUCUCGCCUUGAAGGCUGUGACCAGGAUCCCCAGCUGCUCAUUCCGCAAACCAGCUCGACACCAAGGUCUUCGGGGCAUGGAGGGGUUGAGGGGGUGACUGCGACUAUCGAAGGCACUGGGGAUGGAGUUGACAUGGGUGCAACUGGGAGCCUUUACACUUUCAACACUUCUCUACUAUUUGACGCGUCUACUGCGAUGGCGGAUAUGUCUGCGUGGACGUCGGAAGGAGAUGGAGCUCGAGGUUUUUCUGCGUAG